GACCCGAGCGCUGGCAUGAAAACUACCCGAUGGCCAAGGGAGACAAGCAGUCGCCCAUUGAGAUCAACAGCAAAGACGUGCGGCACGACACUUCUCUCGGCCCUUGGCACGCCAGUUACGAUCCCGGGGCAGCGAAAACCAUCCUGAACAACGGGCGCACCUCCUUCGACGACACUUUUGAUCGAUCAGUGCUGAGAGGUGGGCCACUCACGGGAGCCUACCGGCUGCGACAGCUUCACUUGCAUUGGGGUUCCUCUGAUGACCAUGGCUCUGAGCAUGUUAUAGAUGGGGUGAAAUAUGCAGCAGAGUUACAUAUGGUGCACUGGAAUCCAAAACAUGGUAAUUUUGCUGGAGCUUUGAAACAACCUGAUGGUGUGGCUGUUGUGGGUGUUUUUCUGAAAGUUGGAAAAACUCCCAAACCAGAGAUGAAGAGAAUUCUUGAAGAAAUUGAUAACAUUAAGACCAAGGGGAAAGAGGCUCCUUUUCACCACUUUGAUCCUUCAAUUCUUUUCCCCAAAUCUCGGGAUUACUGGACCUACCAUGGUUCGUUCACUACACCCCCCUGUGAGGAGUGCAUCACUUGGAUUCUCUUGAGGGAGCCAAUUGAAGUCAGCUCAGAUCAGAUGGCGAAGCUCCGUAGCCUUGAACCUGUGAACCCACUGGUUGAUAACUGGCGCCCAGUUCAGCCUGUGAAGGGCAGGAUAGUGAGAGCCUCGUUCAAGUGA